CGUACUGCGUUGCAUGCAUAUCGUGAUAACGACGUCCGUCUCUCUUCGCGCCACACGGCGCGUUGUUUCUCAAAUUCUCAGACCGUACUACCCCAAAAGUCGUCGCCAUGCCUGGGGGCCCUGAGUUCCAGUUCAAUCCAGCUUCAACGCCAGCAACGGCCCCAAUAGCACCACCCAAGCGUCCUGUUGAAGAAACACAACAUGUGGGUCCAAGCAGCCUGUCUCAGGCGCAGCAGGACAAUAAUGCUUUUGACUCGGCGGCAUCGAGCGAGCCUCGGCCUCGUCCGGUUUUCAAAAUGAGACGAACCGGUCACAGCGGCGCCUUCCCGCUCUCGGGCCGUCCCGCUGCUACUGUUCGACCGGGUGACAACCACGCCACACCCUCUCCUUCCGUUCCAUCCUUUCCGAGCCCAGCCACCCAUGCAAGCCAUGAUUCACACCCGUCUUCCGGUCUUGUGCCCGGCGUGCUAAACCAGACCGAACGAAAACCAUUUCAAAAAACUAGCUCUCCGGUCGGACCUUCUCACCCUACCUCGCAAUCUCAGCCAACCCCCGCGUUUAACCAAGAUGAAAACAGAAGUACCCAGGAAUCAUCCCGCUCAUAUCCGAAUCUACCCAUCGCGGGCUUCAUCAAAUCAAUGUCUGGUGCCCAGAUUCCGGUUUUUUCUUUGGAGACGACGAGAAGUCCGAAACCGUCAAUGCCCCCAGAGGUCCAGAAAGUGUUCGAUUCGGCAUUGGACGAUCGCUCUUACAAGAUUUGGAUAGGUAAACCUGUCAUAGACUGACGGCCAGCGACCACCCCGCCUAUUUUCUAACACAGUUUGGUAGACGAAUCUGGAGAUAAGAUACCAACCGCCGGCGCUCUGCUUCCCGCUGGGUACAAGAAGUCCGACGAUGCCGUCUUCCCUUGGGUGUGUCCAGUUAGGUCAUGCAGAAAGAUGCUCACCGGUCUAAACGGCUUAGGGAGACACUUUUGUGUUAGUGGG